UUCUUGUGUAAAUAUAACCUCUAUUUUUUAGUUUUUUAUUUUUAUAUUUUAAUUAUCAUUAUCAUAAGUUAUUAAGAAUUAAUCAAGAGAAUAGUUCAUUCAUAGAGUUAAAAAGUUCAUUAAAUGCAAUGACUAGUGUAAUUCAAAAACCCGAAAAUACCCCAGAACACUGUCCAGGAACUGAAAGUGAUCAGGCUGGCAAAGCUUCGGCAUGUUCUGGAUGUCCCAAUCAACAGAUUUGUUCUUCAGGACCAAAGGGUCCUGAUCCAGGAAUAGCUUUAGUUAAAGAAAGAUUAGAGUCUGUGAAAAAUAAGAUAUUGAUACUUUCUGGCAAAGGAGGUGUUGGUAAAAGCACUGUAACAGCUCUGCUCAGUAGAGCUUUAGCAGCAAGAGAUAAUGAUCAAAAUAUAGCAGUCUUGGAUAUUGACAUAUGCGGACCUUCACAACCAAGAGUCUUAGGGGUAGCUGAUGAACAAGUUCACCAAUCGGGAUCUGGAUGGUCUCCAGUAUAUGUAGAUGACAAUCUUUCAGUGAUGUCAAUAGGCUUUCUGUUAUCUUCUCCUGAUGAUGCGAUUAUUUGGAGAGGUCCAAAGAAAAAUGGAAUGAUUAGACAAUUUUUGAGUGAAGUGGACUGGGGAAAACUUGAUUAUUUACUUAUGGAUACACCACCAGGUACAUCCGAUGAACAUUUAUCAGCAGUUACUUAUCUAUCACAAGCAAACUUAACUGGUGCAGUUAUAGUGACCACUCCUCAAGAAGUAGCACUGUUAGAUGUGAGAAAAGAGAUAGAUUUUUGUAGGAAAACCAGUAUAAACAUUCUGGGUGUGAUAGAGAACAUGUCUAAAUUUAUAUGCCCUUGCUGUCAAAAAGAAUCAGAAGUAUUUCCUGCUAACACUGGAGGUGCAGAAAGGAUGUGUAAUGAGUUGAAUGUACCAUUUCUGGGUUCAUUACCAUUGGACCCAAAAGUUACCAGAUGUUGCGACGAGGGUAGAAAUUUUAUCGAAGAGGUGCCUGAUUCACCGGUUAUUAAAUCACUGGAUAAAAUUAUAGCAGAACUUAUAAAAAAGUGUCAGAACAAUUUCUAAUCUAAGAAAAUAUAUGUAAAUACAAAUUAAGUAAAAAACAUAUAUAAUGUGUAGUUAUGCUUAUAUAUGAUUAUGCUUGCAA